AUGAGCGGAAUACCAGCCGAAAGGGUGGUGAGCGUCGGUGGCCAUGAUAUCGGCUAUCCCCAUGGCCAUCUGGGCUAUUUGACCGAAGAGGAAGAGAAUGCGCUCCGGAAUUUUAAGGUCUAUCUAACAGAGAAGGGCCUGUACACAAGCUCGCAGAACCCGUCGCACGACGAUCAAACCUUGCUACGGUUCCUGCGCGCUAGGAAAUGGGUCAUCCAGGAUGCCUACAAGCAGUUUAAGGACACUGAGGAUUGGCGCAAGGCAAACCAGCUCGAGGUGCUGUACGACACAAUCGAUGUGGAUGCAUAUGAAGAGACGCGGAGUUUGUAUCCCCAAUGGACUGGUAGGAGAGACAGGAGAGGAAUCCCUCUCUACCUCUUCCAAAUCCGCCACCUCGACUCCAAGACAGUCUCCAACUACGAGAAAACCGCCGAGUCCACCAACGUCAGCAAAGCCCAGCCCGACGGGUCCACCCCGCAGCGCCUGCUGCGUCUCUUCGCGCUGUACGAAAACCUGACGCGCUUCGCGCAGCCGCUGUGCACCGAGAUGACGGACCGCGAGCACCCCCGCACGCCCAUCACGCUCAGCACAAACAUUGUCGACGUCUCGCAGGUGUCGCUGCGCAUGUUUUGGAACCUGAAAGCACACAUGCAGGCCGCGUCCACGCUGGCGACCGCGCACUAUCCGGAGACGCUGGACCGCAUCUUUAUCAUUGGCGCGCCGUACUUUUUUAGUACCGUUUGGGGGUGGAUCAAGAGGUGGUUUGAUCCGAUUACGGUGAGCAAGAUUUUUAUACUUUCGCCGGGGGAGGUGAAGCCGACGCUCGAGGCGUUUAUUGAGCCGAGGAAUAUCCCCAAGGCUUAUGGGGGUGAGUUGGAGUUUAGCUUUUUUGAUCGGCCGAAUUUGGAUCCCAAGAUCAGAAGGGCCGUGAGCUGGGAGAAUGGGUAUACGGAUUUUCCGGAGGGGCCGGCGUACUGGAGGCCGAUUGACGGUGGGAAGAAGCUGGAGUGUAUUGCGGUGGGCAGCAAAGGGGGCGUGCAGAGGAGGGAGAGGGUGUGCACGAUCCCAGUGGCGUUUCCGAAGGAGGAGAGUGCUGCGGUCAAGGAUGAGGGUGUGGGCGCUGCUGAGGGGGAGAUACAGGAAGGUGUUCAAGGCUUGUCGAUUGCUGAUGACAAUACGGCGGCGGAGUUGGCUGAGAAGGUCGCUCCGCAGGCUGCGGAAGGGGAGAACAAGACUACACCGGUUUCAGCUUGA